UCUGGAGUAAAAGAAUCAUGGGUUCCGGGGCUGAGCUGUGUACUCUCUUAGGCGGACUCUCAUUUCUCCUGCUACUGAUAUCAGGCCAGGGGGCCAAGGGUGGAUCUCCCAAAGAGAGCCAGGGGGUCUGCUCCAAGCAGACACUGGUGGUCCCGCUCCGCUACAACGAGUCCUACAGCCAACCCGUGUACAAGCCCUAUCUGACUGUAUGCGCUGGAAGACGCAUCUGUAGCACCUACAGGACCACUUACCGUGUGGCGUGGCGGGAGGUGAGGCGGGAGGUGCAGCAGACCCAUGCUGUAUGCUGCCAGGGCUGGAAGAAGCGGCACCCGGGGGCGCUCACCUGCGAAGCCAUCUGCACCAAGCCUUGCCUGAAUGGAGGCGUCUGCGUUCGGCCGGACCAGUGCGAGUGCGCCCCCGGCUGGGGAGGGAAGCACUGUCACGUGGACGUGGAUGAAUGUAGGACUGACAUCACUCUCUGCACGCACCGCUGUCUCAACACAGCAGGGAGCUUCACCUGCGACUGCCCCCAUGGCCUGUUGCUGGGCCCGGAUGGGCGCACCUGUGCAGAGGAAUUCUUGGAGGCCCCAACCAGCGCCAGCAUCCUCAGUGUGGCCGUUCGAGAGGCGGAGUAUGACGAGCAUGCAUUGAGGCAGGAGAUUCUCGAGCUGCGAGUGCGCCUGGAGCGGCUGGAGCAGUGGGUCGGUCAGGCUGGGGCCUGGGUCAGAGCAGUGCUGCCCAUGCCGCCUGAAGAGCUGCAGCCUGAACAGGUGGCAGAGCUGUGGGGCAGGGGUGACAGGAUCGAAUCUCUCAGCGACCAGGUGCUGCUGCUGGAGGAGAGGCUGGCCACCUGCUCCUGUGAGGACAACAGCCUAGGUCCUGGCCUCAAUCAUUGAUAAGAAGCUUCUGGAGCACCGUCUCUGCCCCCUAAUUUAUAUAGAAACUGGACCCACUAGUCCUCUGGGAUUGGUCAACUGGGAUCUGCAGAUAAGGCUAGCAGUCACCAAGGAGCAAUGAGCAAUGGAAACUGGAGAGUUGGAGAAAGGGGAAGGCAGGUCUUGGCCUACCCCUGAGCAUUCUAGCUGGGGCAGGUAGCCUGGGCAAGGACUGAUUUUCAACUUAACAAAUGUAACCAGCAAGCACCCAGAAGUCUCUCUCUCUCUCUUUAUUUUCUGUUUCUUGCUGUUAUCCAGAUAAUUAAUAAAAACCAACCACGCAAAA